AUGUUUGGGUUCGGAAGCCGCCUCCACGAAUCGGACUAUGUGAGCGAUACUGGUCUUGCCAACUUGCGUCUCUACAAGUAUGGCUGUGUCGACAAGUCCCCAGUGACCAAGUACAUCUUGAGCCACUAUUGGAACUGGGCCGUUACCCUCUUCCCUAUGUGGAUGGCGCCCAAUUUGAUUACGUUGAUCGGCUUUGGUUUUGUGGUGUCAAACAUGCUGCUGGUGAUUUACUAUAUCCCAGACCUGUAUACCCCUGGACCCACCUGGAUUUACUUCAGCUGUUCGAUUGGCUUGUGGUUGUACUCGACUUUUGACAAUGUGGAUGGAAAGCAGGCCCGUCGCACUGGAUCGUCCUCCCCCCUCGGAGAGCUCUUUGACCACGGAUGCGACGCCCUGAACUGCUGCAUCGGAGCCGUAAACCAGGCUGCCUGCAUGUCCAUGGGCCACUCCUGGUACUCGGCCUUCCUCUUGCUCCUCACCACCCUGCCCUUCUUCCUCUCGACCUGGGAGGAGUACCACACCGGCGUCUUGUACCUGGGCUAUGUCAAUGGACCCACCGAGGGUCUUAUUAUCGCCUGUGUUGUCAUGAUGAUCUCUGGAUUCAAGGGCCCCCUGUUCUGGAGAAGUGAGGUUGUCGAGAUCCUUGGCAGCGACUUUGGCAUCAUCCCCAAGGACUGGAUCCUAUUGGAUCUCAUGGUUGCCGGCAUGACUUUCCUUCUGGUCUUUGGCCAUAUUCCACCAUGCUUGAUUGCCGUCUACAGGACUUGCAAGGAACAGAACAAGUCCGUGAUCGCAGCCUACGCUGAGCUGUUGCCCAUCUCGCUCUUCCUUGUCAGCGCCUACGCUUGGUUGUCUUCGCCCUACUCAUACAUCUUUACGGAUCAACACUUUAUCCUGUUUGCGGUGACCGUCGGCGUUGUGUUUGGUCGCAUGGCUACGAAGAUCAUCUUGGCCCAUGUCACCAAGAUGCCCUACCCAUACUUCACUGUUCAACUGAUCCCCUUAAUUGUGGGCGCCUUCAUCACCAACGCCCCUGUGGUGCUUGACUGGGAUCCGAUCUUCACGGCCGAUACAGAGUAUUACUUCCUCUGGGGCUACUUUAUCUUUGUCGCUGUUGCCUAUGCCCAAUGGGCCUUGUUUGUCAUUGACAGGUUCUGCUCCUACCUUGGCAUCAAGUGCCUGUCUAUUCCCAGGCCCAAAGCACAGCAAUCUGAAGAAGAGGAGGGAUUGAUCGGAAACUCGAGCCGCAACUACCAGGAUUAA